AGCAGUCAAGAGAGACUUGGACUAGAGUUAGCCACACGGUCCCCACGCGAAGGACACGAGAGCUGUGCACUGCCAACGCCUCCUGCUCUUCUUCUUCUCCUCCUACUGAAAGAGGCUGCCCUCAUCCUCUGCAUCCAUCACUCCUGAACAUCUGUCAGCGAGAUGGAAACUACAACCAUCACCACCACGCAGACUGCAUUCACCUUUGGACUUAAUGAAAGACGCGCCAGCAUCACCCUGCACGCGCCGGCUCAGGACUGCACCGUCCCCGCCGCGCACCCCAACACCACCACGGCAGCAGGCUUCCAGAGCAAAACCAAGGUGCUGAAGAGACAGCGCUCCAGCUCGCCGGAGCUCCUGCGCUGCAAGCGACGCCUGAGCUUCAACGGCCUCGGCUACUCCAUCCCCCAGCAGCAGCCCGUGGCCGUGGCUCGGCGGAACGAAAGAGAGCGAAACCGGGUCAAACAAGUUAACAUGGGUUUCCAGACGCUGCGUCAGCAUGUGCCAAACGGCGCUGCCAACAAGAAGAUGAGCAAAGUGGAGACCCUGAGGUCUGCGGUGGAGUACAUCAGGGCUUUACAGCAACUUUUAGACGAGCAUGACGCAGUGUCGGCUGCUUUCCAGUGUGGGUUGCCAUCCCCGACACUUUCCAACAGCUACUCCGCCGACCCGGAGUCCCCUCACUCCACCUACUCAUCAGAUGAAGGUGGUUAUGAGCCUCUAAGCUCCGAAGAACAGGAGCUGUUGGACUUUACAACCUGGUUCGACAGGUACUGAGGCGCACAGCAUCCAAACCACACAGCAGCGUCUGUGCGUAAAAGCAGCUGCGUCUCUCAGAAAUGCUGACAAAGACUUGCUGAUGGCGUCAGAUCAGUGUUGCCCUCCGUGCUUGGAAGUGAUCUGUUGCCUCCCUCCCUCACUCACCCGGGCUGCUUCUGCAGGAGCAAAGCAAUAGUGAGAAAGAGAGAGAGAGAGAGUGCGUAAGAGAGAGGGAGCCUCUUGUUGCAUGGAACAGGGCCACGUUGAGGCGUGGACGUAAAGAACUGGUGAUGUUUUUGUUGAAUAAGUGCAAU